AUGGUUGAAACGGAGAAUUUGCGCGCCGCUUCGGCGUACAUCAACAACCAGCUCCUGUCCCGCGGACUGCUGAGGGAUGGCCAGACGAUCGACUUUGCCGGCCACGGAAAGUGCGAAGACGCUUCGGUGACUGCCGGGCGCAUCAUCAGUGUCGUGAACGACUUGAUCCUGCGGCGCGAUCGGGAUGCCGACCACCGAGAAACACUAUCGACGACGAUGCGCUCGCUGCGCGCCGAAAAUAUAAAACAACUUCACGAUAUAACUAAACUGGAAGAAAAGAACGCAGAAGCGCAACGGAAGCUCGAGAUUGCCACGGCGGCCGAGAACGCCGCCAAGACACAGCUCAAGUCUGCCGAAUCCGCAAUGCGCGGGCUCAAGGAGCAGCUGGCACGAACCAAGGCCUUGGUUGCGCAGACAAGGACAUCGUGCGCAACCGAGGUGCGCCGACGAGACAGGCAGAUCGAUACGCUGAAGAAACAGCUUAGCGAAGCCGGACGAGCUCGUGGUGUGCGCGCAAACCCUGCGAUUACGACCAUAACAGUAACGGGCAAUGUGGAUGAGGAGCCAUCUUCGCCGACCAAGACUGGUGGCAUGUUGAUGGACGAAUAUAGCCUGCGGGGUGAAUCUACAGUGUCGCUAGCCAAGUUGUCGCAAAACUUGAGCGAGGAGAAUGAGGCUGUUCUAGCACUCAUGUCACAAGCAAUGGAUCAACUGCGAGAGAUGAGUGGGCUGGAAGAUGUCAAGGCGGAACAUACCCAAAGCAACCAACAACAAAGUUUGGAGGACAUGUCUUCAGAACUCGAGGGUGUCAUGGAACAUCUGCGCCACAUCUUGAACAAUCCGUCAUUUGUUCCAAUCGAGGAGGUUGUUGUCCGCGAGGAGGAGAUUAAUCGUCUCAAGGAAGGAUGGGUGAAGAUGGAGACCAGAUGGAAGGACGCCAUGCUUCUCAUUGACGGAUGGAGAAAGCGAAUGGCCGCGGGUGGAAGCCCAAUUCGAGAGGACGAGCUCAAGCUUGGCUUCCGCCUGGGCUCUGUGAGAUUGACGGGUACAACGAGCGCUAUUGGAGACUCUACCCUGGCACCCCUUUCCGAGGAAGCUUCCGAUGAAGAGGAGCGGGCACAACACCAAGACGAAAAUAUCUACGAUCGCAGUGACAACGAAUCUGACAACUAUGACGAGGAAGAAGCGGCAUAUGAUCUGGAAGAGCCCGCAUAUGGUGGCGAAAUGGUGAACGAAGCCCCAAUAGUAGUCCCGGCAGAGGAAGGUCACAAUGAUGCGGUCAAACAAGAUCCGGAACGGUCAGAGGAACUGCCCCAAGAAGCACAAGAAAUACCGGGACAAUCACCCGAAGCUGAGGACCAUGCGGUAGAUGAGACCUCUCGCGAAUCAACUCCACUACCGGAGCCUCCGCAGUUGAGUCCUUUGCGGAACUCGUCUUCUGCAGGCAACCGAGGAUCUCAACAAGUACCAGACACAGUGGCAACUAGGAGGAAGCAGCCAGUGGGCCUAUCCAGUAGCUCACUCCCAGCACCUACCCAGAGACAGCGGCCAGCGGCCGGUGAACUGCACGUGCAGAAGCGAGGCCUUGAGCAACCCGGCUGCUGGCCGACAAGAAUUGUCACGAGAGCCAACGCCAAUCCUCGACCAGCCACAAGAGUUACAUCGCUAGAAGAAGCACUGUUAUCGAAGCCGGCACAGGCUCCAGAACCCUCGAACAAGCACCCCGUCGAGAAGGAAUUGGCAACGAAGCCAGAGCCAAAGACACAACAAGAGCAGGGCCCAAAGACGGAACUGCAUGAGACCAGGCUACACAAGUCGACGAUUCGGACAACUCAGCGCACCACAAGCCGUACAAGCCGAUUAACACCACAUAAGCCUUUCCCGAAGCCGGCGGAGCCAAUGCCACAGCAAAGCCCGUUGACAAUGUCUAAUAUUGAGGCCAAGCUUGCUGCCUCUGAAGCUGAUGCAGAUCGAGUGCGUGCGAAGCUCCUAGCCGUACGAAGCAGAUCUACCACCCUGAAACCCGCCGACAGCCUGAGCGAGCCAAGAGCCUCGCAUCGUUCGACACGCGAUGAUCGUCCAAAUCUCGAAGCAGAGAAGCACACACGGCCGCACCGAGCUGUCGACAGAUCUGAUAAGCGGGCGGAUGACUUAGAGAAUACCGAUCCGGUCAAGGUCGACUCUGAGCCUCCCACGCGUGAGCCAGGCGAUGGACAUCUGAAAGUGCAGAAGCGCAAGCGAGAUACUCGCAUAUCGAGUAAGAGGUCGUCGAGACGGCGAAGGCAAGCUCUCCGUUUCUGGACCCCCGCCAAGCUUCAUUUUCAGCUUCUCAACAGCUUCACCACAGCAUCCCCGGGUGAGGCGCACACCAUCCAAACCCCCUUCCAAAGCAGGGAAACACCGCCACCGAUAAUCAUGAAGCCUGUCAUUGCCAUCCCGGCGACGCUGGCGCUCAUCGUCUUCGCAGCGGCCCGACGGUCGCUGACGCCAAUGGGUCUCGUGGCCGCCACGGCGACGGCGGCUGCGCACGCGUACCACCCGUGGAACAUGCCCUUUGCGCUCCUGGUUGCGUUUUUCCUGGCAGGAACUCGAGUUACAAAGAUCAAGAAGGACGUCAAGGCCAAGCUCACGCUCAGCGCAGCUGGUGCGUCCGGAGCUGAGGGUCCCAGAACGCAUGUUCAAGUCCUUGCCAACUCGCUCGUCGCAUCCAUCCUCUCGAUCCUGCACGCGCGCCAGCUCCGCCAGCGCGCCGCCGCCUACGCCGACCCCAACACCGACGACCCCUCCGGCUCCAUGUGCUACUCGUACGGCGGGGACCUGCUGGUCGUGGGCAUCAUCGCCAACUACGCGGCCGUCGCGGCCGACACGUUCAGCUCGGAGCUGGGGAUCCUGUCCACCGCGCGGCCGCGGCUCAUUACCUCGCUGGGCCUGCGCCGCGUGCCGCCGGGCACCAACGGCGGCGUGACGCCCCUGGGCCUCGCCGCGGGGCUCUUCGGCUCGCUGCUCAUGGUGACGGUCGGCUUCGUGUUCCUGCCGGCGUGCGGCGAGGCGGCGGCGUCGACGCUGGGCGGCGGCGCGCCGUGGACGCUGGCGGAUCGUCGCGCAUUUCUGGGGUUCCUGGUCGCGUGCGGCUUCGCGGGCACGCUGCUGGAUAGUCUGCUGGGCGCACUGCUGCAGCGCUCCGUGCGGGACGUCCGCUCGGGCAAGAUCGUGGAGGGCGAGGGCGGCACCCGGGCGAUGGUGCACGCGACGACAACGACGACAGCGGCGGCAGGUGAGGGCAAGGAGUCGUCAGCCGGGUCGCCGCCGUCGUCGCCGACCAAGGGUCUCCCGUCGCGGGUGGUCGAGAGCGGGCUCGACCUGUUGGACAACAAUGACGUCAACUUCCUGAUGGCCGUGACGAUCAGCGUCGGCGCCAUGUAUCUGACGAGCCUGCAUUGGGGCAUCCCGGUGGAGGAUUUGACCAAGCUGUAA